AUGUCACUCACAGUGAUAGGUCUAGUGGUGCUCAUCAUCUCUGCUUGGGCACUGUCCUCGAAGGCGGGUCCGAAACAUCCACCGCUCUUCCCUGGUCCGAAGGCCUUGCCGCUGGUAGGAAAUGUGUUGCCGUCUAGUAAGCGCCUUUGGCUUACGAUGGCAGCGUACAGCGAGCAGUUUGGACCCAUUUAUUCACUACGCAUUCUGGGAAGCAGUAUGCUGGUGUUGAACUCUGCCAGCGAAGCUCGGGACCUCAUCGAAGGCAAAUCGAGCCUGUACGCCCCUCGCCCUCCACCAAAGAUGGUCGAGCUUGCCGGUAUGGACCGCGGUGUUCUCUUCGAGAGCAACCCCGUCCGUAUGCGCAAAUCCAGGAAGCUGCUUCACAUGGUUCUUCAACCGCGGGAGCUUAGAUUGUUCGAUCCAACUCUCGUCGAGAAGAACAACCGCUUCUUGCACAACCUACUCCAUAGCCCACAUAAGUUCCUGGAGCAUAUCAGGAAGCUCCCAGCUGGGGUCACUCUAGCUUUGUCGCAUGGCUAUGAAGUACAAGAGGAAGACGACCCAUACGUCGCGAUGGCGGACGUUACCGUGCAGAACUUUGCCAAGGCCAGCGAUCCGGCAGCUUUCCUGGUCCACUGGCUCCCUAUCCUCGCCAAACUGCCUACAUUUCUUCCGGGUAUGCAGUUCAAGAGGCUUGCGCUGAGCUGGAGGCAACAAUAUACGGCCCUGGCGGAGAGAGGACAUGAGCACGUAGAGUCAAACAUCGCUUCGGGGACAGCUAGGCCGUCGCUGACAUCCCUGGCCCUCGCAUCGGAGUUGAAGGACGAACGGGACAUUAUCAUGUUCACAGCCACGCAAGUGUACACAGGCGAGCAGCUUUAUUGCACCGCGACUCUUUCCUCAUUCUUCCUCAUGAUGAUGAAGCAUCCCGACGUUCAACGGCGCGCGCAGCAAGAGAUCGACCAAGUCAUAGGCGACGAACGCCUGCCUGUCUACGGUGACCGACCACAAUUGCCGUACAUCGAGUCUCUUUUGAAAGAGCUCCUGCGCUGUUGUCCACCAAUUCCGGCAGUUACGAGGGCCCCAGCGCAAGACGACGUGCACAAGGGGUACUACAUCCCGAAGGGUACUGUCGUCGUGGUGAACUUUUGGGCUAUGCUGCAUGACAAAACGCGGUACGACGAGCCGGACCAGUUCAGACCCGACCGUUGGCUCUCGCGGGAUGCGGAUGUGAACACGGAUCCUUUCGAGGUCAUCUUCGGGUUUGGUCGUCGUACGUGCCCCGGCCGCCACCUCGCCGAAUCGUUGCUGUUCACCGCCAUAGCGACCACGUUGGCGGCAUUCGACAUUGCUGUACCACGCGAUGAACAGGGCAACCUGGUAGAGCCGACCGGGGAGUACAGUGAUGGCGGUAUCAUCUGGCCGCUUCCCUUCAAGUGCGACAUCCGAGCACGUUCGGAGCGGGCAAAGGAAUUGAUACUAAACAGCGUGGUUCAGGCUUGA